AUCUAUCGAAUUUGAUCCAUGAUGGCAUGAUUUAUUCAUACGAUUCAUACACCUGUGAUUGGGCUACUGUACUGUCAAUAAAAGCAAAUAUAUCACUAAAUAUAUCUCGUUUCAAAAUUUUCAGGAGAUGAUGUAUGAUUUUUAAACAUAAUAAUAUGUUGCUCGAAUUUUGUUCGUGUGACGGUGUUUGCCCAACGUGUGUACGUUUAGUUUGCCAAAUGUUAAAGAAGAAAUAAUACAAGUCAAACGAAUUACUGAUGGCAGCUGCUGUUUGGCAGCAGCAAGUGUUUGCAUUGGAUGCUAGGUUCAACGCUCAUCGUGCACCUAACCAUCCCAAUUUUAGAACUCUGUAUAUAAGAAGAAGAAAUCAACUGUUAAGAGAUCAUAGUAAGGGUGAGGACUCGGCGGCCAGGAGGCAGUACCUGAGGAUCCGCGGCCAGCUGCUGCAGCAGCGGUAUGGGGUGAUGUGCGACCCGGGCCGCAGUCGCAGCGUCAGCGCCCGGAGCAGUUCCAGGAUAAGCGAGUCUCCAGAGAGCGCCUGCGUUCCCUCAGAAUACAGCAUCACCCCGAACGAUCAGCGACAGGUUGUGCCGACAAAACAAGCAGAAGCCUCGAGGGCAAUGGUCGGAGGCACGACCAUAGCGGAGAACUACGCGUUCGUUGGCGUCCACCACAUAUUUGACCAGCACACUGCAGCUGUCACAAUGGUCAAAUUCGCCAACAAUGACAGGUCUCGUCUCUGCUGCGCCUCCUUCGAUGGCUCCGUCUCAAUCUGCAACGUCACAGCAAGCCCUCCUUGCGUUGAAGUGGUGUUCCGAGGACACGAGAGGGGCGUUACAGCUUGUGAUUGGUCCAUUUCCAACGACCUGGUGGUGAGCUGUUCCCUCGACGGCACUAUCCGCCUGUGGCAUGUGGCCAGCGAGAAGUGCCUCAGGGUUGUGAACGACCAGGUCGUGGGGGCUGCCAUACUUUCCUGUGUGUUCCAGCCAGCAAAUAACAACAUGGUCAUUGCUGGCAACUCGUACGGGAUGGUGGAAGUCCUGAACGUGUCUGCGGGAAUAUACCCCCGCGGAGGCACGAGCAAGCUGGGGGGCAAGAUCCUGUCCCUCGCGUGCGACUCGAGCGGGCGCUUGGUGUGGGCGGGAAACGACAGGGGAACCAUUGUGUCGUUCCUGUUCGAUGCCGAGACGGGCCGCCUGAGCAAGUGUCGACGCUUGGUGGUCGCAGAGAACUGCCCGGUCACGUGCAUCUCGUGGCGGGCGUGGAUUAGCCGUGAAGCAAGGGAUCCGACCGUGCUCAUCAACUGUGCUGCCAAUGUCGUGUGCUUGCUAAGGGUAGUUGACAAGGAAGGCAGUCUCCAGUUGAAACGGAAGUUCACAAUUCGUCACAAAAGUUACCUUGUGCGUUCCACAUUCUGUCCGAUUAUGUCCUUCAGGCAAGGAGCGUGUGUGGUGACGGGCAGCGAGGACUCGUGCGUGUACUUCUUGGACAUCGAGAGGGAAGGCAAGCCGUGUGUGAACAAGCUGCAAGGCCACGCCUGCCCCACGCUGGGCGUGAGCUUCAACUAUGACGAGUCCCUGCUCGCGACCAGCGACUACCAGGGCCUCGUGAUCCUCUGGAAGAGGGAGCGGCGGGCGGGCGGCGCGACGGGCCAGGCGUGCUCCUGAGAGGGAACGCGAGGAGCUCAGCGUGCAGGCGUGCUCUGUCUCGUAGCUCUCAGGAAUGCACGGUUCCCGGCAUUCGGGACGGGGUCAGCUUUCCCGGUAGUAAGGAUUGGAGAAUUCAAUCUGCAACCUCGUUUGAGGCUUAGACCAGUUGGUCUUGGGCGUGGAAGUAGCGUAACCUUGCUUCUUAGUCACAUGCAGGAGCAUAACGCAGAACACUUCAUUUUUUUAGGGGGAGGGGGGGGGGGGGUAGAACCACUUUCCUGCUGUUUGCUUUCAAAAUCUUACCUUUUUUUUUUGUGGGAAUGAGAUACAUCUCCCUCAUCACCCCUUUCUUGUGUACACCCUUGCCCACUUAAAAUUCAAAAAAUAAUAAUUUUAGAUGGAAUUUCUAUGAGGAAAUUUGGUGAGUUUAGAGAAGCUAUAUAGUACAAAAUUCUAAACUGCUUUUGUUUUGCUCACUCCUGGGUAAGGAUUCAGGACUUGACAGCAGCAAAGUACAGGCAGGAAGGAUGGAGAGUGCCCUAGCGGAAAGAUGAAGGAAGGGUUGUGUCAGGAACUCAUCGACCAGCAGUUUCAUAAUUUUGGAUUCUGCAGCUUGAAAAAAUGGACCAUGUCACGAAGUGAUGCUUGACUUACAGAACACCAACACAUUGAGGAUUUAAGUAUGAACAUUAUAGAGUUUAAAAAACCCUGCCCAAGCUAGUAUUUUCAUUUAAAAAAUAAAUAGCUCUUUCAAUCAUUCUCUUACAUGCAACAGCAUCGUAACUACUGAGUGUGAUGGCUCCUUGGAACAGUGACAUAAUAUGACGUUCAUAGAAGAUGAGUGAGUAGCAGUUUUAUGCUCUUCAAACUUGCAUAAAUAUAGCUUCCUAUACCCUGGAAAAUACUGUAGCAAACUAUUGAAGGAGGCUUUAUUGGGGUGACAAAUGACCUAGGUAAAUUUGUUAUGCAUAAUAAUAACAACAUUCCUUAAUUUUUGUGAAUAGUACCAGGACUUAAUUUUUAUUAUCAAGUUUACAAAAAAGAUGAGUACCUAUUUUGAUGAGCUGUCACUUGUUCGAAGGAAGAGUAAGAAUCUCUCCCAAAAUUAGCUGUUUUUUGAUGCCAUUAUUUUUUAAAUGCAUGUGUCAAGAAUACUGGAUUCUGGUUGUUGAAAAUAAACAUAUUGCAUACAUGUAUGGACACAAACACACACAAUCAUGCACAUACACACAAACAUUUGCCCACACACUUACUCUUUAUAUAUAUAUUUAUAUACUAUAUACAGUACUCGUAUACACACUUUUUUGUAUCUUGUUGAUGACCUGACACUAUUUAGUUUGGUUUGUUUGAAGGAAUUAUUUUUUGAAUGCUUUUUUUAUACAUAAGGAUAUGUGUUAACUAAAUUAUAUUACACUAAAGAAAUAGUAAAUAUUUCUUGUAAAAUUGUAAGUAAAUAAUAAAUAUGUAAUAAAUGAACAUCUGUAUACCUAUGUAUUACAAUUUCCUAGUUCAUGAAGUAAAACGUUACAUCAAUUGGCUGUGUUGUAUAUUGUAUAGCAAAUAAAUGAGAUACUCUACACAUUAAAGAAAUCACUCUUGUCCAGACUUUAAUCUAUUUAUGUACCUAUUCAAAAAUGAUAAUUCCUUUUUUUUUUUAUUGUUAUGGCUUGUUAUGCAGGAAAUAUGUUUUUAUAAUAUGUAUGUUUGUGUUGUGUAGUAGAUGAAUUUGUUUAUAUUUUAUCAAUGAACACCAUAUUUCACAAACAUGUUACUAAAUUUAUAAUCACUGUUUGUAAGUUAUAACUUGUAUUAUAUUUGUAACUUGAUUAUUGCAAUAAAGAUUUAAUACUUAA